GAGAGAGGGAGAAAGGUGCACCCGGGCAGACUGACUGAAGACUGCGUGCACGCACAGUGGGAUGAGUAAAGGCACAGAGCAUCUUAGCUGUUGAGAGAGAGAGAGAGAGAGAGAGAAAGAGAGAGAGCGAGAGAGAGUGUGUGUGAGAGUGAGAGAGAGAGAGGGAGAGGGUGGGAGAGAAGAAGAAGAAGGAGAAGAAGUGAAAGGGAGAAAAAAAGAAGCAGAGAAGAACAGGGAGCGCUAUAACUAUGCUGUGCUGCAUAAGAAGAACCAAACCGGUGGAGAAGAACGAGGAGGCGGACCAGAAGAUUGAGCAGGAUGGUACCACCAAUAAACCUGAAGACAAGGCCCACAAGGCUGCCACUAAAAUACAGGCUAGCUUCCGCGGACACAUAACUCGAAAAAAGAUGAAAGACGGUGAGGAAGAGAAGGAGGGAGACAGCCCCUCUGUUCCAGAGGAGGCAACAGAAGGGGGAGAGGAGGCUCCUGCAAAGGAGGAGGCUGCUGUGGCAGAGGAGGCCAAGAAAGAAGAGGUUACGAGCCAAGCCAAAAGUCCAGUGACGGACAAGCCGGCUAACUCUCCGGCCGCCGCUGCGUCUCCUGUAGCGGAUCCCUCUGAACCCCAGAAAGAGGAUCCAAAGGCAGAAGAGAAAGCCAAGGAGAAGCCCAAAGAGGUGGAGGCAGCCAAAAGUCCUACCACAGCUGCAGAGGAGAAGAAGGAGGAGGAGAAGAGCGAAGAUAAGAAGGAGGAGGCCAGACAAGCCGACGUGCCUGCAGAUGUCAGCCUGACAGCUGAGAAGGAGGAGCAUAACCAAACAAAAGAUAAACAAGAUGCUGCCGAGGAGUCUAAAGCGGAGGUGGUCGCCCUGGAAGAUGCAGCGGCAGAGGCCGCCGAUUCCAAGGAUGACUAAGGCAAAGUUGAACCUAAAGAAAGCAGAAUUAAGAGUAUGAUGAAUAACACAAAAACAAAAUCUAAAAAGGUUGCUCUUUGCCUUCCCAAUGCGAAGGCAUUCCGUUUCUAUUUGUUUGUCAUUUUUUGUGUGGCAAUGAUUUUCUCGUGUUUGGGGGGAGUUUCCAGCGUGAAGUUUUUUGGCUCAAGCUAAUACUAAGAGGAAGUGAUAAUAACAUGAAUAAUGGUUGUUAACGUGAUGAUGAUGAAUGAGGAGGGUGAGGAGCAGAAGGAGGAGGACUUGAUUUCUUCAGUGUUUGUGAUGAGUGAAUUUGUCAUAGAAUCAAUGCACCCAACUGGAUAGUUGCACAUUUAAAAUGCAUUGUGAAUGCACUGUACUUUAUUUUUGCAUUGCAAUGCACUUUAAUAAAAAAAAUAAAUAAAAAAAAACUGCAAAUAAAACCUGUAGUUCUGCAAAUGCACGUGCAAAAGCAAACACUAGUUUUUUAGUGCUGCACAAGCGCACUGAGAAUACAUUAAAUGCUGACAUCAGAUGGAGAAGAGAAUGUAUCGUUAAAUGUGUGAUGCUUCCAGUUGAGCAACGUUACCCUACAAAAAAAAAAAAAAAAAAGUACACGAGUAUUACUUUCUCUUUUCUGCCUGAGUCAUUCAAGCUUGGUUUGCACCCCUUUUACAAACUGCUUAUUUCCCAUAAAGGACCUGCUGCCAUUUAAAUGACACAAGCUUAUAAUAAACUAUAGAGGUCAGCUUUCUAUGUAACUGGCUCUUCUUAUAUGUUUAUUUGUGUUCUGCCAAACAUGACAACAGUAGCAUGAACCAUCAAACCAAAUGCAUGAUGGGAACUCUCCCUCUGAGAGGAACUUUUUCGCAGUCACAAAAACUUAAAGAGGUGUGGCGGCUUCUUUUUGAUGUCUUUGGUGUUGUUAUGACAGUUUAUAUGAAUUGGAAAUACUCUUGCACUGAUGUUAAGAAAAAAAUAAAAAUAAAAUAAAAUCAAACAAACAAGCAAAACAAGAAAAAUACUUUCCUAUGUUACAGUGAGUGCAAUGUCCAGUUUCAACUUUAUCAAGGAGUUCAAACAUGUGAGAGAAAAAAAUAAAAA